AUGGCUCACAGUAAUAAUGAAGGUAAAAAGCAUAUAAAGGGUUUGGAAGGGAUUGGAGUAAUGAUUAUCAUUAUGAUGAAAAAAGGAGUUCUUCUGGCUGGGUUGCUAUUUAUUAUUAUUUUGUUAAGAAGGAAUGGAUUGGGUCUGCGUUUGAAUAUUAUGAUAGAUAUAGCAGGUCAUUUGUGGGAAUAUCAUAAACGUUGUUUAAAUUCAAUUGAUAUUAUUAAAUUUUAUGGAUUUACAAGAAAUCCAGAUACUUUGAAUUAUAUGGUGGUAAUAGAUUAUGCGAACAAAGGUAAUUUGAGAGGAAAUUUAACAAAAAUAAUCAAAAAAAAUUGGAAACAAAAAUUACAUAAGUUAUACGAAAUUAUUUCUGGACUUAGUAAGAUACAUAGAGAAGAUCUUAUUCAUUGUGAUUUUCAUGAUGGUAAUAUUUUAAUUCAUGUGGAAAGUGAUGAAGAUAAAAUUUUUAUUAGUGAUUUAGGAUUAUGUCGACCUGUAAAAUCAUUUUUGAAAAAAGAUGAUAUUUAUGGUGUUAUACCAUUUAUGGCACCUGAAAUUUUAAGAGGCAAAUCUUAUACUCCAGCUAGUGAUAUAUAUAGUUUUUCUAUGAUUAUGUGGGAAUUUACAUCCGGAGUACCACCAUUCAAUAAUAGAGCACAUGAUAUUCAACUUAGUAUAAGUAUUUGUAAAGGUGAGCGCCCUGAAAUUAUCGAAAAUACUCCACAAUGUUACGUAGAUUUGAUGAAAAUGUGUUGGAAUGAAGAUCCAUUAAAAAGGCCAUCUUCUAGAGAAGUUUUAGAUAUUGUUGGAGAAUGGAUUUUUUUUCCUGAAAAUGGUAUAAUGAAUAAAGGAUUAAAAUCUAACGUUAUGGAAUUUAUAAAUGCACCAAUUGGGCCUAACAAUCUCGCUACUGAAUCUCAUCCACAAGUAUAUUAUAUAAGUCGCUUACUUAAUUUUAGUAGUAAAGAAUUGAACGAAACUCUUAAAAGUAAAGAUUUACAAACAUAUUAUGCAAGUCAUUCUACUAGUGGAAAAGUGGAUGAAAUGCUGAUAAGUUUUGAAAGUGAAGAUUUACAAUCAUAUUAUGCAAGUCAAUCUACUAGUGGAAAAGUGAAUGAAAUACCAGUUAGUGAAGAUUUAGAUGAUUGUAUAAUUAUAGACAUAAAUGAUUAG